GGGCGUUGGUGUUUUUCGGCACAUACACACGCACGUUAAACUGUAAAGUUGUGAGCGAAACAAUCGGCUACCGAGGCUAACUAACAUGGAGCUACUGAGGCUAAACUAGCCGCUAACAUAAUCGCCGCUAUGUUUGUUGGCCAAUUAUUCUGCUCCAAUCGGCAUUUGCAAUACAACGCAAUACUGUCUACUGGUUUCACUGGAUGGUCGUGAUACAUUUCCUUCGCCCAACUGCUGUGGUCGCACUGGUUAGCAACGUCAACAACGUUAUUAGCUUUAGCCAAGCUACACAGGAGCUUGCCACGAUUCUUUACUACGCGCAGCUGAGCAGCGAUGUGUCCACUCGGCCAGCCUGAGAAGACGCCUCGCUUGGUCCGACUGAAUUAGCAUGGGUCGCUGGCACUCUGGAGCUUUCUAAGGUGCCCGUGUUCUGCUGCAGUGGAGAGCGCAUCAGGAUGCGGAGACUGUAGGCACCCGCCGUAGUAUGGCCGCGUCCCGUUCCUCACGCGUCACAAGGUCAUCAGUAGGGCUCAAUGGAUUGGAUGAAAACUUUUGUGGCCGAACACUCAGGAACCGCAGCAUUGCCCAGCUUGAGGAGACUUCGGUGCCUCCGCUUCCCAGGGCCCGGUCGCCCAAGAAGAAGCAGGACUCCAAGCAGGUGGCCAAGCAGGAGUCUCGGAAGGACGAAAAGCAGGAGUCCAAGCAUAAGACCAAGCAAGAUGCUAAAGAGGACAUUGACGGUGACUCAAAGCAGGACUCUCAGCAGCAGAUGUCAUUGCAGGGAAGGCUGAAGGACACAAAGGACUCUAAUGCUUCCACAGCGAGUGAGCAGCCGCUGUCAGUGGCCUCCAGGAAACGGAGUGGGUCCUGUCUGGAAAAGGACAAUAGCCUGGAGAAGUCGGAACAUUGUGACAAAGGGAAGGAGGCGCCGGAUGCCUCUCUUUUAAUCAAAAGGGCCAAGCGGCGUUCCUGCUCUGGAGAGCCUCAGGGAUGUGAUGAGGAUGCAGAGAAGCCUGUCUCUACUCCAGAGCCUCACAAGGGCAACAGAUGUGAUGACAUUCCCAACCUAAACUCUAAUGUGGCUCCCGCCUCACCUGCUCUCAGUGAAGAGGAAGGACAGCUGUCAGAGGCGAGAGUCAAAGAUGGCCGCCUGGAGUGUGAUGGGCCCUCGCAGCCCAACAAUGCUCACAAGGCCUCUAAUGGGUUGGGCGACAAUACAGCAGAGGAACUCACUGAGGAGUCAUGUACCACUCCCACCAGCUGCCCCGCGCUGCUCAAUGGUAGCCAGGCCCGGGCCCUUUCCUGCCCCCACCCUACGGUGCCUUGUACGAACUCUUGCUCUGUGCACAUAGUCGCUAGCUCAGAGGACUCAUUGGCGCUUGUCCGGGGCGCUCCAGGGGACCCCCUCCCAGAGCUUAUUGUGGCCAAGGAGCAGGAGGUGGAGAACAUGGAGGUGGACUUGGUGGGUGACCCUCUGUGCUUGGCCGGCGAGGAGCAGGUGACGGAGACAGAGUGUGACACCAACGGGUGCCUGCUUACGCCAGAGCCAGACGCCAUCAACUCGCCCCCCUCGGCCACCGAAGCCAACUGUUGUUCAGCUUACAACAGCAACUCAGGAGAAACAACGUCCCCGCUGCCGCCAUCUUCCCCGCCGCCUCCACCCCCAGAGCCAGGGUGGGACUCGUCUGUGCCAAGCACACCCCCACCUUUCACGGAGCUGUACGAACACAGAUACACACUACGGACUUCGCCCAGGAAGGUCGUCACUGGUGGCAAGACGACCUCCUCCAAGGCCAGCUCUCCACCUCCCCCAGACAAUGGCCCCCUCAAGGAGGAGGUGGUGGAGGGCAUGGAGGAGGGCUGCCCCGUGGUGGUAAAACCCGCGCCGUCAGACUCUGUUGAUACCCUGAAGGAGGAGCUGGGCUGUGCAGGUCUUGGACAUGAAACCUGUGGUGAGGAUGGCGGUCCAGGGGGGGGCAAAGAUGUCAAUGCUGGCAAGGAAGCGACGUGUGGCCACACAGCUGACGAGGAGGAGGAAGAGGAGGAGCCUGAUGUGUACUAUUUUGAAUCUGACCAUCUGGCUCUUAAACACAACAAAGAUUACCAGAGGUUGCUCCAGACAAUCGGCGUCCUGGAGGCCCAGCGAACGCAGGCCAUCCUGGACCUGGAGACCUUGGCACGGCACCAAAAAGAUGCCCUGGCUGACCCUAUCAGCUUUGUGGAGCAGCUGCAGAAACAGGUCAGUCUGGGCUUGCCGUGUCCUCAGCGAGUGGUUCAGCUCCCGGACAUCUCGUGGGAACAGUACACCUCUGGCCUGGGGGAUUUUGCACGGGAAUUCUGCGAUAAGAAGCGUAAAACCAGGCAGCUCAAGCUUAUUUUUGACAAAGGCUUGCCUGCCCGACCAAAAAGUCCCGUGGAGCCCAAGAAGGAGUACGAUUCCUCCAGCAUGUACUCCUCACUGCCCACUAGUGACGGCCCAGAUAAUGGCAGGCAGACGCAGAUGAUCAGGGGGAGGAUCUGCCACCCAAACAAGCCUGACACAUUUAACCAGCUGUGGACUGUGGAGGAGCAGAAAAAACUGGAGCUACUCCUACUAAAGUUCCCGCCCGAAGAAGUGGAGUCCAGAAGAUGGCAGAAGAUUGCAGACGAGUUGGGCAAUCGGACAGCAAAACAGGUCGCCAGCAGGGUGCAGAAGUACUUCAUCAAACUGACAAAAGCUGGAAUCCCCGUGCCUGGAAGGACCCCCAACCUGUGCAUGUACACUAAAAAGGCAUCCAACAAGAGGCAGCACCACCUCAACAAGCACCUCUACCGCCCUUCUACCUUCCUCACCUCCUACGAGCCCCCUGUCUUCAUGGAUGACGAGGACGAGCGCUUGGCGUAUUAUAGCAGCAUGCAGGACCCUUCUGCUGAUGACUCGGACGACGAGGGCGUCCCAGCGGAGCUGAGAAACCUGCCCGAGUACAAAGAACUGUUGGAGUUGAAGCGGCUGAAAAAGCAAAAGAUGCAGGAGAUCCACGAGGACAAAGUGGCCGUGCGACACAUUGGCUACAAGUGUGACAUGUGCGGCAUGGAGCCCAUCCAGGGGGUGCGAUGGCACUGUCAGGAUUGUCCACAGGACAGCGCGCUGGAUUUCUGCUCCAACUGCUCUGACUGUUUGCUGAAGACAGAGACUCACAAGCCCAAUCACCACUUGGAACCAGUGUACCAGGUGGACACCUUCCUGGACAGAGACUACUGCCUGCCGCAGAGCACAAGCUACAACUACCUGGACCCCAACUACUUCCCAGCCAACAGAUGACAGAGUGGCAGGCACCCGUAGCUCCAGGCUCUUUCCACGUGUCCCACAGGCGACUCUGUGCAUGGCUCCAUCGUCCAAGUCUAAGACAAGCGCUUUAUCCCGCCGUCAGGCUGCAAUGUCAGCAGGCAGGCGGUGAAGGCGGUGCAGGCAGCGGCCUCAGAGCGGACCACAGUGAUGCUGCUGCUGGGGGAUCCGUGAUGGUCCUCCACUUCCCGCUCCACCUCAGCCAGGUUAAAUAAUCAACAGAUCUGUGAUUUGAAAACACUAUUAUAAAGACAAAAGUGGACUGAAGGCACGCCAACAUUCCCGACUCCAGGAAGGCUUUUUUUUCCUCCUCCUCCAUUGUCGCCCGCGCUCACCCCCACGUGCUGCUGUCAUCGUGGACUGUGAACGUCAUGGAGUGUUUCCUAAUUCACACGCUAACACUGUCACACCUGCUUCUUCUUCCUCGUUUUCUUCCCGUCGUCCUUGCGGCCUCUCAAGUCUCAAAGGAUGUUUCAAUCCAUCUAGUUUCUCUUUCACUGUGUUGGAUCACAUAAAGUGUUUAUGGUGACCAGUAGAUGGCGCUAGCUGUUGCGUGCCAAUUGAGGGGAAAAAACAGUUUUGUCACAUCUUUCAUUCAGCGCUCCACUUGGAAAAGAUUGUAUUUUUAUUCGUCUAUUUAAAAAAAGAUUAGAGGUGGCACUCGUUGUCUCCACAGUGGAACUGCGCUCAUUUUUACACACACACACACACACUCUGUCAUAGAUUCAGUUUGUGCUUGACUAGACACAUCUUCACCUCUUUGACACCUGCUUCAGUAUCCGUGUGUAACAGCCUGUUCUUAUGUAAAGAAAAAAAACCAUGUACAAAAAUGCUAGAGGACAAAAUAAAAGUAUGUGAAAAUAGUCUUUCUA